UUCAUACCUACGCAGUUAAUUCUUGUGAAGUGCAAGAUGUAUUGCCUCAUACACAAAUUUUGUUAAAGAGACUUUUAAUGAAUUAAUUAUAGUUGAACAGUCAUUAACGGUUAAAAUCAUGCAGGUAUUGUGUUCUUUCGGAGAGAUCUUUGUAUUUAUAAAGACAAUUCAAGCAGAUUUAUAGAACAAAUUUUUUUUCACGAUUUUGUUCACCAUUUACUACUGUUAGUGCUCCUGAUAAGUUUGUAUCAAUGUAAUCAUAUUAAAAUUGAUAUGAAUGGUUACUGGAUCGUGUAAUAAGGGGCGAGGGGAUUAAAAGGCGGUUUCCCUCCUUCGUGCUGUCAUUAUCAGCUGACUCUUCGAUUCAUCGUUGAUUCAUUGUACCUAACAAGAAGUUUUCGUGAAUUGACAAGAAAAAUUAUGUGAUAUUUCCUCGAAUUUCUAAAAAGUGAUGGCUUCGAUCUGUCGCCGCUGGAGACUAUGGAUUUUACCAGUUUUAACUUGUCUUUAUGCUCUUCUGAUCAUAAUUUUGGUACCAAUUCUAUUGGUGAAUUCUAUUAAAAAUGGUUUUAAUAAGCUGGAUCAAGGAGCACUGGUUGGUGGUGCUUUUGUGUUACUUGCCUUGCCCAUUGCUUUCUAUGAAAUUGUUCAACACAUGAUAUAUUACACACAGCCUAGGCUUCAGAAAUAUAUUAUAAGGAUAUUAUGGAUGGUACCAAUUUAUGCAGUAAAUGCUUGGCUUGGUUUGGUUUAUCCGGAAGGCAGCAUAUAUGUUGAUAGCUUGAGGGAGUGCUAUGAGGCAUAUGUAAUAUACAAUUUUAUGAUGUAUUUAUUGGCCUAUUUAGAUGCUGACCGUCAGUUAGAACACAGACUCGAAAUUUCCCCUCAAGUGCAUCACAUGUUCCCUUUGUGUUGUUUACCUGAUUGGGAAAUGGGGAGGGAAUUUGUACAUAUGUGCAAACACGGAAUAUUGCAAUACACUGCAGUUAGGCCUAUAACUACAUUAAUAUCUUUUAUUUGUGAGCUAAACGGUGUAUACGGAGAAGGUGAAUUUACAACGGACGUAGCUUUUCCAUAUAUGAUUGCUUUAAAUAAUUUAUCCCAGUUUGUUGCCAUGUAUUGUUUGGUGCUUUUUUAUCGUGCCAAUGCAGAGGCUUUAAAACCGAUGAACCCAUUCGGGAAAUUCUUAUGUAUCAAAGCAGUUGUGUUCUUUUCCUUCUUUCAAGGUGUAAUUAUUGCAUUAUUAGUGUAUUUUGAUGUGAUAUCGAAUAUUUUUGACACAAAGGACAUAGAUUAUAUCAGAAAUAUAUCGUCAAAACUGCAAGAUUUUUUAAUUUGCAUCGAAAUGUUUAUGGCUGCAGUUGCUCAUCACUACAGUUUUUCAUAUAAACCUUUUGUAAAUUUAGCACAGGGUCAAGCAUGGUGGGACGCAUUCAGGGCUAUGUGGGACGUAUCUGAUGUUCAUAAUGAUAUCAAAGAACACCUGGGGGUGGUAGGAUCCUCAUUAAGUCGCAGGAUACGUGGCCGAAGUGCUUAUCAGCAAGCUUGGGGAAGUGCGACAGAACGUACGUCUCUUCUUCCAGAGGCUUCAAUAACUACAGCCAGAAGUGCACCAGCAUGUUCAUUUUCCGGUUACAAUACGACCGAAAUUGAACAAAAUGACGGUUCCGUUGAUCUAAUUCCGGAUGUGCAGGAUACUAGUAACGCGAUAAAGACAUAAUCACAUUUUUCUCACACUAUAGAGAAGAAUGUUUAAUUAAGGGGUAUACUUCGUUUGGAAUGGCACACCUCCAAUUAAGAUUGCUCUAUGUCGCUAGUAUGACCUCUAAGCAGAGAGAACAAGAAAAAUAUCUAAUUUUGCAAACGAGCGUUUUCCCCUGUGUAUUGUACAAAUUUUUCAUUAUCCUGAUCAUUUAACGACACAUUUAUUAUUCUUGAGAGAGACAAUGCAAAAUAAUAGUAGCAUAUAUUAAAGAAUUUGAUACAUGAUCAUGUUGAACACGAAACAAAAUUGUCGUUUAUAUCGUCCAUUUUACAAAAACGCUUCUUUCCUUCUUGAUUUGCGGCCAAUUAUGCGCCUCGUGUCACCAAUGUAUUACCAAAUAAUUGUACAUAUACAUACAUACACGCGCGCGCGCAUAUAUAUAUAUAUAUAUACACAUAUAUAUAUGUAUGUAACAUAUAUAUACGUUAUAUAUACAUAUAUAUAGUGUUUACACUUAGAACAAUAUAUCGGUACAGACCUACCUAUAAACGUGUUACGCUAUUUAUUGCUGGUUUAUUAACCCCAAUAAGUGUAUCACGGAGUUAGGCAUUAUUCAGAGAUUUUAAUAAUCAUGAGAACUAUAUUUCAUGCUGAUCAUUGUUUAUGUAUUGAAUAACUAUUGGUCUGCUUAUCGAAUAGAAUUUUGCCCAACUCUGAUGUUGAGUGUACCGUAAGUAAGAUGGAGGAGAAAAACAUUCCUGCCAAA